AUGCGCCCGCAGCCGGAAGCAGCAGCAGCAGCAGCAGCAGCAGCAGCAGCAGAGGGGAGGCAGCAGCAGCAGCAGCAGCAGCAGCAGCAGCAGCAGCAGCAAGGGGACAAAGGAACAAAGGGAUUGUGUGAUGUGCUGCUGCUCACCGCCACCCCCAUUCCCCGAACUCAACUUAUGUCGCACUGUGGUUUGCUGCAGCUCUCUAAGCUUCAGCCCAGGCCAGCAGCAGCAGCAACAGCAGCAGCAGCAGCAGCAGCAGCAGCAACAGCAGCAGCAGCAACAGCAGCAGCAGCAGCAGAAGCCGAAGCAGAAGACGCGGCCUCCGGGGCCACCGCCCGAGCGGCAGCGGCAAAUUCUAGAGAGCCAGCGCAGCCGCUACACCAGCCCGCAGCAACAGCAGCAGCAGCAGCAGCAGCAGCAGCAGCAGCAGCAGCAGCAGCAGCAGCAGCAGGGGCCUUUCCUCGCGUGCAAACGAGGGUAAUUGAGAGAGAGGACGCAGCAGCUCUAGCUGAGGUGUACGUACACCUCAAAAAGUGCAUUGCGGAGGGACAGCAGGCCUAUUGGAUUUGUCCCUUUGUGCAAACAGGAGCUGCUGCUGCAGCAGCUAGCAGCAGCAGCAGCAGCAGCAGCAGCAGCAGCAGCAGCAGCAGCAGCGGGGGGGGAGCAGCAGGGCGAGGGACUGCUGCUGCAGCAUUUCGAGAACUUCGCAGAAGACUGCCAGGCGUGCAGUUGGGCCUGCUGCACGGGCGGCUGCAGGGCAAGGAGCAGCAGCGAGUGCUGCAUGCGUUUGGGGCUGGAUUAAUUUCUGUUUUAGUUUCCACAACUGUUGUUGAAGUGGGAAUUGAUGUUCCUGCUGCUUCCUUUAUUGUCAUCGACGCUGCAGAGAGAUUUGGCAUUAGCCAACUCCACCAACUGCGGGGCCGCGCCAUGAGGGACCCCAGCAGGCCGGCAGUUUGUUACCUUCUUUACAACUCCAAAAAAGAGGCAUCAAACAAAGACCAAAAAGGGCACAGGAGAGACAUGUGGGGCCCCAGGGGCCCCCAACGUGGGCCCCUUGAGAACCCCAGGCCAGAACAGGCCAGGGGGGCCCCCGGGGCCCCUAACUAUGGAGGGGCCCCUGGGGCCCUUAACUGUGGAGGGGCGGCUGGGGCCCCUAACUAUGGAGGGGCCCCUGGGGCCCUUAACUGUGGAGGGGCCCCUGAGGGGCCCCCUCUUUGUGGGGGUUCUGGGGGGCCCCCUGAGUGGGCGGAAAGGGCAAAAGGGACUGCAGAAGAAGAAGUUGUGGAGGAGACAAAAAGACUACUUGAGGCCCUAAAGGCCUUAAUGCCGCAAGAGAAAACCGAUUGGAUUGUGGCAAUCUAA